AUGGAGACCAAAGAAGCAGCCAGCAUCACGGUCCACUUUGUCACCUUUGCAGUUUGGUUAUUCCCACAGUUUCAGCAAACCACGGCCCACUACAAGGAAUCCUGUAGCUUCAAAGAAACAGGAGCCAAUGGGGAGACGAACUACUCUCCCACGGCCACUCGCAGUCACAAAGAAUCCUUGUCUCAGAGGCUGCCAUUCGGCAAUGGACCCUGGCAUCAACAGAUGUGCCCAAAGGUUUUUUACAGACAACAGGCAGAGACAGGCAAGGCCUUCAGGGACGUAUCCUUCGCCCUAUCACAGCAAGGAAAUGAAGCGCUCAGUGAAGAGUGGUCCUCUGAUGACAUCGGGGGUGCGGCGCGGGUUCAGCGAUGGGCACCCAGGGCCUCAUCUCCAAUCCCGGCUCGAUCCGCUGCGUCGACCCCUCAAGAUGCCCGUUGCAGCUGGUCAAGUGUCCGGCAUCCUAGGGUGGCAAGUGGUCUUGAGGGCUUUGAGGGCUAUAAUGCGAAAUCCACUGAGGUAUGCCUUUGCAUCACUGCAACAUUCAGUGAGACUCAAGUUGCUCAUAGCAGGUUGCCCGCUGACGCUCAGCGUUCGUUUCGUGAAAUGAUCCUUGCCUUGUUGCUCUGUGGUGUGGCAUAUGGGCUUCGCUCGGAAGGGACCGAGGCUCAUACCUUGCCUGAACUCACCUACUACCAGGAACUCUGUGUAGCGCCCGAUGCUGAUAAGAGAACAAUUAAGAAAGCCUACAGGAAACUUGCUUUGAUCUGGCAUCCAGACCGAAAAACCGGCGAGGAGGAAAAGUUCAAAAGGAUUUUGAAGGCCUAUGAGACACUGACGGAUGAAGGGGCGCGCUUGGAGUACGACGACACUUUGAGAUCUUUGAGCCAGCCUGAAGGUGGCUGUGACCAGCUUCAGUGCCCUGGGGGAUCCAAGUGCAAGAGCACCUUGUGCGGUCCAAAGUGUGUUUGUCGCAAAAAGGACAUAGUUAAGGUGAAUGGCAAACGCAUGAAGGUUCGGGUGCCCUUCAUCAAAGGCGAAUGCAUGACCAAGUUGAUGAAGGCUGCGAGUUCGGUUUGCUGCCAGGAAGGUGACGGCAAGCCAGUCCGAGUCCCUCCAGAGUUUCAACCCAUCGAGGAAACGACCACUGAGCUCGAGGAGAUGAAGUGCCCAGAAUCAUGGACGAGAUUGACAGAGGACAAGUGCAAAGAUCGCCCCUACUUGGAUGAAGUCGAUGACGACUGAGGCCCGUCCGACGCGCCCGGUGGACUUCGCAGAGAUUCGUAGAGCGGUGG